GCUCCUGGUACCGAUGAUUUUUGUCACAAAUGCCGACGGAAGUCCAACCAUGGUCACAACAACACAGGGAUCAGUCCGCGGCGUACGAUCCUGCCAUGGUCUUCCCUGUGUAGAGGCAUUUCUGGGUAUCCCAUACGCAGAGCCUCCAAUCGGGAAGUUGCGUUUCAAGAAGCCCGUUCCUAAACAACCCUGGUCGGAAGUCUGGAAUGCUUCUCAGCUUCCACCCGCCUGUUUCCAGAGGAAAGGAAAUUUUCCCCGCGUUCCGUGGCAGAACGACGAAAGACAUAGCGUUGAGGACUGUCUCUACUUGAACGUUUGGGUCCCCCAGGAAAAGAAGGGCCUUCUACCAGUUAUGGUCUGGAUACACGGCGGCUCGUUUCGAAUGGGAUCGACUGACUUGGAUAUGUACAGCGGCGAAACGCUGUCGUCGUACGGUCGGGUGGCCGUCGUCUCCAUGAACUACAGGUUAGGCUCUCUUGGCUUUCUCAACGGAGGAAUACCAGACGUACCUGGCAACAUGGGCUUAUGGGACCAACAUCUAGCUCUGCAGUGGGUAAAAAGAAACAUAGCAGCAUUUGGUGGAGACCCGUCGAGAAUAACCAUAUUCGGUGAAAGCGUCGGAGGCGUGUCCGUUGGGAUUCACGCGGUUUCUCCUCUCAACAGAGGCAUAUUCAACAGGAUCAUUAUGCAAAGCGGUACACCUUACUGGGCGCUUCCAUGGGAAAAUCAUGGCGCGUUAGACAGAUCCAUGAGACUCGCAAAGAGUGUGGGUUGCGUUCAGAACAACGGCACCACUCAGAUGGACCAAGCGAUCGUGCGGUGCUUACAAGAACUUCCAGCUGAGGAUAUUUUGAAGGCAGAGCUUUCACUGUUUCCCAUUCAUUUAUUUACGUUUAUGCCUUCGUACGGGGAUGCACUGGUUCCUACUAAUCCAACGCAAGCAAUCAAAGAAGGCCGCAUGCUUCCGGUAGAUAUCAUGGUGGGCAGUAAUUCUGACGAAGGCACCAUCGCUUUCUAUACCUUGAUUCCCGAAGGGGUGCCUUCUAACUGGACUGCACAAGGGAUGGACCUAAACCAAGCGAGGACGUUUAUUUCGAACGUAUUCCAUCAGUUCCCGCCUGCCGUAGUCCAGAGCAUUAUAAAACACUACCUGGACGACGUCGAGCCGUCUGAUUCGUCGGCUGUCUUCAAAGCAAUGACCGACUCCGCAGGGAACUUUCUGCUCGACUGUCCAACAGUGUUCGCUGCGGAAAGUUUCAGUGCUCAUCUCCGCAACGUGUACGGCUACCAGUUCGCCCAUCGUCCUUCAGUCAGUUUCUGGCCUGAAGCGUUUGGUGUCACCCACACCGAGGAGAUACCAUUUGUCUUCGGUCUUCCCGUACGCUACAAUCAAAGAGGCUAUUCCGCUGAUGAUACCAGGAUGAGUGAAACUGUCAUGAACGCGUGGACGAGCUUUGCCCGUACUGGUGUACCAGAACUUCCGCAUGCCGCAGCUUGGCGUCCCUACGGUUCCAGGGGUCAUCCGUACGCAUUAUUCAAGCACGGCAGCGUCAGACUGCAAUGCCAUCUUAACAAAAGGAAUUGCGACUUAUGGAGAAAGAUUUUCUAGGCUGACUCCUAUAUACAACUGCCAGAGUGGAUAUUUCGCCAACUCGUCGCAGCACGCCAUUAAAACUCAGGGAUGAAGGCACUAGUAUUUGCAAAGUAAUCUAAUUGCGUUAGAGACGUGUGCUGUUAUUUUGACUGUCUCACACAAUGAUACUCGUUGAGUAUAUAGAAUCGAAUCCCAUCCAUGUUCAUCACUUGACUGCGAAAAAAAGAACCGUCAUUCCAUAAUCACUGCUUCAUCUCUUGCGUCGUUGUAUAGUACAGGUUGGGACAAAAUUUUACGGAACACGCGAGCGGCGUACUUUUUCUUCGGUGCGACAACCUAUAUAGCUGCCGCUGGAAGCGGGUGAGUUCACUCGUGUCGUGUUUCGGAGGAGUGGAAGGGUUCUCUGUUAGCGACACACAGGACAGUAGUAUUUCCGGUGUCACUUGUGUGCGCUUGGGAGGGAAGCUACCG